AUGGCCGGACAACCGAUGCGUGAGUAUACAAUCCGCAUGUGAUUUAUGAUACGAAAGAGAGACUAACAUCUGAUCUUAGAGCUCGACCUGAGCAAUGGUAAGGAAGCACGUGCUCGCGCCCAGAUACUGAAAACUGACAUGCUAUGCUUGCAGCCCAGGUAACCCAAGAUGAAUCUGGCCGACCGUUCAUCAUCGUGCGAGAUCAGGGGAGGAAGAAGAGAACACACGGCACCGAAGCUGUAAAGCAACACAUCCUCGCAGCGCGCGCCAUCUCCAACAUCGUCAAGACUUCGCUUGGUCCGAGAGGCCUGGACAAGAUCCUGAUUUCUCCCGAUGGCGACAUCACGGUCACAAACGAUGGCGCAACCAUCAUGUCGCAAAUGGAGAUCAAGGACCACAUCGCAAAGCUCCUCGUGUCCUUAUCACAGUCACAAGACGCCGAGAUUGGUGACGGUACAACUGGUGUGGUGGUUCUGGCUGGUGCUCUACUCGAGCAAGCGUCGGAACUGAUCGACAAGGGAAUCCAUCCCAUCCGGAUAGCUGACGGCUACGAUGCAGCAUGUGAGGUUGCUGUGGAAGAGCUGGACAAGAUUUCAGACGUCAUUCCGUUUACGAGGGAGAACACAGACAACCUGCUCAAGGUUGCCAAGACAUCCCUGGGCAGCAAGAUCGUUUCCAAGGCCCACGACCAGUUUGCGCAGAUGGCAGUCGAUGCAGUCCUGUCUGUCGCAGAUCUGCAGAGAAAAGACGUGGAUUUCGAACUGAUCAAAGUCGAUGGCAAGGUGGGCGGCUCGUUAGAAGACUCCCUCCUGGUCAAGGGUGUCAUUGUCGACAAGGACUUCUCCCACCCACAAAUGCCAUCAGAAGUUCGAGAUGCGAAGCUGGCGAUUCUUACUUGCGCGUUCGAGCCCCCAAAGCCGAAGACGAAGCAUAAGCUUGAUAUUACCAGCGUCGCCGAGUUUAAGGAGCUGCAGAAGUAUGAACAAGCCAAAUUCACCGAGAUGAUCCAACAAAUCAAGAACACCGGCGCCAACGUUGUGAUAUGCCAAUGGGGAUUUGAUGAUGAGGCAAAUCACCUCCUCCUCACCAACGAGCUACCUGCUGUACGAUGGGUAGGUGGACCUGAAAUCGAGCUCAUCGCCAUCGCCACGAACGGACGGAUUGUUCCACGAUUCGAGGAUCUCAGCGCACAGAAGUUGGGCAAGGCGGGGAUUGUGAGGGAGAUGUCGUUUGGUACGACGAGAGAAAAGAUGCUUGUCAUCGAAGAGUGUGCCAACUCUCGCGCGGUGACGUGCUUCAUUCGGGGCUCCAACAAGAUGAUCAUCGACGAAGCAAAGCGAUCACUUCACGAUGCGUUGUGUGUCGUCCGAAAUCUCGUCAAGGAUGACCGGAUCGUGUACGGCGGUGGUGCGGCAGAGAUUGCUUGCUCGUUGGCAGUUGAGAAAGCGGCCAUGCAAACCCCUGGGCUGGAACAAUACAGCAUGAGAGCGUUCGCGGAUGCGCUCGACUCAGUACCAAUGGCGCUUGCGGAGAACAGCGGUCUCAGCCCAAUCGAGACACUUUCCGAGUUGAAGGCGCGGCAGGGCAAAGGUGAGGGCAGUGGGCGUCUGGGCGUGGACUGCAUGCAGACUGGAUCCAACGGUAAGCCUCGCAAACAAGCUCAUCCUUGCUCGACUAACACCACAGCAGACAUGAAGGAGCAUUUCGUGAUUGAUCCGCUCAUCUCCAAGCGUCAACAACUCCUGCUUGCCACGCAACUCUGCCGGAUGGUCCUCAAGGUCAACAAUGUCAUUGUCGCGGGCAGCGAUGAGAACGACUUCUGA